GCGAGAGAGACGCGGCUCCUGUCAGGCUCCGGCGUGGGGACCAAGUCGUGAAUCGGAACUCAGGGAGCUGGGGGGAGGGGGCUGUUACGACACUUCCGCUUCCGGGUGACUUCCGUGUCGGUUGCUAUGGAAACGGCGUCGUGUAACCGGAGGCAGGAUCUCUGUGGCGAGUGAAGGUUAAGUGUAGGAUCCGUGCUGCUUCCUGAGGGACAUUUGUGCUAAUGAUGGCGGCUCCUGCUCACCCAAAGGACAUGCUGACUCAAGUGACCCAACUCUGGAGUAUGCUGGAUGAGAUGGCAGAAAGCACCCCUGAGAAUUACCACAGAUUCAUGCAGCAGCAGCUGGAGGAUGCAAAACAAUAUUGCACUCCCCCUGAACCACAUCUUUGCCUACAGACCCACAUACUGGAUCCUAAUGAAAAAUCAUUAUUCAUUAACCUCUGUAGGUGGAAAAGGGUCCCAGCUCCUAAGUCACCUACUGAUCCAAUACCUCUAAGUGCUGGCCCACUUGAGGAGGUGUCCGAUAAAGCAGAGAUUUACUCCAUCAUAGAUAUUGCAUAUAAUCCGACUGUUCUUCAGCAAGAGAACCAAGCAGAAAUGGAUCACUUGAUCCGUCUGACAUUUAAAUACAUUGAGGAGCAUUACAACCUCUCUCUCUCCCACUCUUACCACAUUGCAACAUUCACACUCAAAGGAAGCCUGAAAAGGAUGAAACAGAGUCUGAGAGGAGGGCCACUACCAGCUCCACUUUUCAACAAGAACACGAGGAAUGAACUGACACUGGACCAGAUAAAGCACAACCUCAGAGAGGAGGACUGCAAUAAUGCUACACUGCUGCUGAACAAGGAUGUUACACAGUCUAAAGUGCAUCUGAUAGAAGAAAUUGCCAGUAUGGAGCUUCCACAGGAGCCAGUCACACCAGCCUAUGAACUGACCAUUGCAAAGGAUGCAAACAGGAAACCUCUAAAGAUCGAACUGAAAGUUGAAUUGCCUAAAGUUAGUUCUGUUUCUGAAUGUGAACUGAGCAUUUCAAGGGAUGAUGUAAUCAUUGAAGUCCCUGAAAAAUACAGAUUACAGCUGGAUUUGCCAGAGUUGGUUGAUGAAGAAGCAACUACAGCAACAUUUAACAAAGGAAAAGCUGAGGCAACAAUGGUAAGAGAGCUGUGCAGCUUGUCUAGGAUUCAAUGUGAUCAGGUUGGGGAACUCUGAGCACGCAAUGGGCAGUGUUUGGAUGAAGAAGACUUCUCCACCGGACUAGCAGGAGGCAGCAAACUUUGGAUGUGAAGGAACCCAUUCUUCCCAAGUCCAGCUGGCUCAACACUGAAGAACAGACGCAGGAUGCUCACCAUACUGGUUAUCUACCUGUCAUUCAGACCCACACCACAACCCUUCAGUAGUGUUACCUUAUUAAGUUCUUUCCUGAGCUCCAGUAUUUCUCCCACAUUUAUAUCAAUAGACAGAUAGUAGUGAGGUAUUGUUUGUUUAGACUGCAUCAAACGCUGAGCAAUGACCUGAAGGCAAACAGAGCAGGUCAUUAAAACACAACACACUUUGCAAAAUGGGUUUCCAUCCAAGCUAAAAGUAGGGCUGACAAUGCACACCACUGUCUUAGAUGCACACAUUAUAGCACAAUUGGGUUUGGUCCAAGUGUCUUUGGAGUUGCUACAUAAAGACCACUGAGCAGCAGACAA